GAUUAACUGAACAAGCUCAGAUAAUCUUCCCUUUUCCCUUUACUUUCCCUUUACUUUCUCCAUGACCAGGUGAGGAGGACCAUGUCGCUGUUUCCAUCGCUCCCUCUCCUUCUCCUGAGCGUGGUGGCAGCAUCUUCUGCAGAAACUGGAACCUGUGAGGACGUCCGAAAGACCUGCCCUGUGCUGGCCUGUGGUUCUCCAGGCAUCAACGGCUUCCCAGGCAAAGACGGGCGUGAUGGCGCCAAGGGGGAAAAGGGAGAACCAGGCCAAGGGAUCAGAGGCUUGCAGGGCCCUCCUGGAAAGGUGGGGCCUCCAGGACUCGCAGGGUCCCCUGGGUUACGAGGAGUACCAGGUCUUAAAGGAGACCCUGGGACAUGUCCAGAUUGUAAUAGUGACCUGGAUGCUUCAGAAAGAGAAGCUCUGAAAUCAGAACUGGAUCGUAUCAAAAAGUGGGCUGACUUCUCUCUGGGCAGAAAAGUUGGGAAUAAGAUCUUCUUGACCAAUGGUGACAAGCUAACCUUUGAUGGAGUGAAGACUCUGUGUGCCCAAUUCCAGGCCUCUGUGGCCACUCCCAGAAAUGCGGAAGAAAACACGGCCAUCCAUAAUCUAGCCAAAGAAGAGGCCUUCCUGGGCAUUACAAAUGAGAGGACGGAAGGCCAGUUUGUAGAUCUGACGGGAAGUACACUCACCUACACUAACUGGAAUGAGGGGGAGCCAAAUAAUGCUGGCUCGGAAGAACACUGCACAGUGCUCCUGAAAAACGGCCGGUGGAAUGAUAUUAAGUGUAGCUCCUCCUUUUUGGCAGUCUGCGAGUUCCCUGCCUGAAGGAACAAGCCUCUCUCCUGCAGCCACAGUCCCACAAUGUGCCUGGGAAGAACAAUUCUAUCAGUUUCCCCAUACCAAGUACUGAGUCGUUCCAUUGCGGGCAGUUAGGGAAAAGGAAGGGAUUUAAAUGGUGGGGUUAACGAAGGGAUUAAAUGAUGGGAUGUAAAACUGAAAAAUGGGAAGAACCUGAGAAUGGUGCUGUGAGUGUUUCUGGUUUAGUCUCAAUCACUAAAGCCAAUUAUUAACAACAAUAACAACAACAACAACAAAAUAAUAGAAAAAUAGUAGUAUUAAUAGUACAUUUUAAAUUUACUAUAAGCCAGACCCUACUUCUUGUACCUCUAUUAACUGUCUAACUUAAUUAAGCGGUAAUACUCUUGAUGGAGCAGUGUUAACUCACUAAGGUAUAAAAAUGUAAUUUGUUUAUUUUUCCAUUUGCUAUAGACACCUGUGCUCUGUCCAGCCUUUCUUUUUCUUUGGGUAAAAAGUACCUUUAAUGAUACCACCCCAGCCUCAUUUCAUAGCUUUCCAGCUGGUCUAAGGCAUUAAGAAGAGGAAUAUAUUUUAUAGCUUUCUCUGUAUUUCCUUUCUAAUGAGAUGUUAAACUAUGUGGGGGACAUAGAUCUCAAAGGAACAGAUUAAUGAAAUCUGGAACACAUACACACCCACCUACUCCCCUUCUAGAUCAAGACAGAGGACAUUUCUAGCACCUGAGAAGCACCUUUAUAACAACUCUUAGGUUAAUAGGAUUCUGACCUGGAUUACUAGAUAUUCGUGUUGUCUGUUUAUGAACUGCAUAUAGAAUCAUUCAGUAUAUGCUGUUUUAUGUAUUUUUUUUUUACUUGUAAUAAAGUAAAAGUCUGUGAGAUUAUUCAUGUCA